UUUCAUUAUGUCAAAAACUGUAUUAAGAGACAGUUGUCUUGUACUUCUUUAGACGCCAACUACUUCCCUAUUUACUUCACACAUCAAUCAUAAUUCCAGGAAGUUGAUACUGACAUAAUAUAAGUGCAUUGCUGGCAACAAUUUGUUUUAUGUUAACAAGAUACAGCGAAGCUAGCCAUCAUUACAUCAGCGUGUACCUGACUUGGAUUCCUUUAACAAAACAGAGAUGGAGUUUGUGAUCGCAACAACGUGGGACAGCUUGCCUGUGAAUCACGACCCCGUGAAGAUGACCUUCUCCCCCGGCGAAGGAGGGAUGAAGGUCCAGGUGUCGGCUCCCCUGUUUAACGAACCCCCUAGUCCCCCGGGACCUCCUGGGCCCUUCCCGGGCCUCUGGGACUAUGAAGUGGUUGAGUCCUUCUUUCUGGACAGCACCACCGAGAAAUAUUUAGAGUUGGAGCUUUGUCCGCACGGACAACAUUUGGUGUUGCUGCUUUCUGGAAGAGGUCAUGCAUUUAUGCAACAACUGCCCCUGUGGUUCGCGGCGUCCAUGACAGAAAACCGCUGGACGGGGGAAGCUCUCGUCCCUUGGCGUUACUUCCCCCCUAACGUCAACAAGAUGAACUCCUACGCCAUCCACGGGUCAGGAGAAGGCCGAACCUACGAGUCCCUGUACCCCGUCCCUCAGGCGGACCUGGUGGAGGGACAGAAGCCCAACUUCCAUCUCUUGGAGUACUUCCAAGACUUCCGCCUGCAAAGCAUCAUGGGGGAGGGCUGGGUCCAGCCCGAAUCGGAUCUUUGGAAAGCGAAGUGCUGAGUUGGAGAAAAUACACACAGAGCAACACACACACACACACACACACACACGCAAUGACAUCGGGCGCGACCAAAGUCACGAAAGGGGGAACAAAGUGCAAUCUAUCUUGAUUAGUGAGUGAUGUCAGGCUGGCUGACAUGAAAUAUGUUUGUCAGAUGGUAUUACAGCCCCACCUCAAAUAGCCUGCCGACCAAGCAGAGUGCCCGGGCUUAAAAACACAUGAAGGGAAGUAUUGAAUCUAUGCAUUAAAUAAGGUGAUGCCACAGAAUGAAAUAUUUUGUUGUAAUUAUUCGAGAGUCAGAGCUUGUCUGGAGCCCACGUAGAACCCAAUCAGAUCAGAACCCUAUGGACAGAUGGAACCCAAUCCUCUAUGUGGUGAACUACUUCAGAUCUGAACCCUAUCCCCUGUAGGGUUGUAGCGCGAUACCAGACCCAACAGAGAGUGGGUUCAUCAGGAAGUGUUUACACUUUCCAUUGAUUACUUCCUGCCAUAUAUGCAUUGAUCGUCACGCCGUGUCUUUAAUUCAUAAUUACUGUGACCAGUUCACGGUGCUGGAAAUCUGUACAGAGGGAUUAUCCUUGGUUCCAAACCUCAUCACAUCCACUUCCAAGGCCCGUCGGAGAGUCACCUGAUGAGAUAAGCUACCUGUUAUUGAUGACAGCCAUGUGUGCCAUUUUGUAAUUAUGUUAAAUGAGCUCUUGUGUCACCCUUAUUUCUGCAAUCAGUAUAGGACUGUUGGCUUAUGGAAUUUUAAUGUGAGUAGAUGGGUGUCAGACUACAAAAUAAAUAAAUGAAAUAAAUAA